UAAAUAAUCAAUUGAUUGAUCAAUCAAUUAAUUAAUUAAUUAAUAACUAAUCUCUUUGAUUACACCCUUUACUUUGAUUCCCUUGAGCCAUUGAAUCUAAUUCCUCUCCUCUAACAUCUAAGCACCAUUUUCCUUUCCCCUUUUCUCUCUCUUCUCUCUUUCUCUCUUUUUUUCUCUCUCUCUCUCUCUACCCUUCCACCCAUUAGAGAGUGGAAAGACCAUUCAUAUGUGUUCAUAUUUGGUUAGGUCAUGGAUACAAGAGAUAGAAGAGACAGCCCUCUUUGUUAAUUUCUCCUUAAGACCUAGCUGUGAAGGGUUUGACUUUUGUUGUCCCUUGAAUUCAGAAAACGCAAAGCAAAUCAAUCUCCUGUUGCUAACAUAACCCAUAGCUGGCAAGUUGGCAAAUUGCUUUGUAGCUUUAAAUUUGCUUAACCUUGUUCUUGCUUUGUCAUCAGAAAAUAUUAUAGGGUAAGAAAACAGUGUGUUUGUUCAGAUCUUCUUUUUCUUUUCUUGGUUUCUUGGAGGAAGACACUCUCAAGAACAGCAAUUCUGGCUAAUCCUUGGUGGACCGGUCAUCAGGUGGGGUUGGGUGCAGGGGUAGACCCUGCCACCAAUUCGCCAUCUUCCACCUUAAACAAACGUCACAUGGACCUUUCCAUCAACGAGAGAAGCUUCGGCAGAGAAAGAGAAGAUGAAGAGGAAGAAGAUAGAGACAACGGCGAUGAACCCAAAGAGGGUGCUGUCGAGGUUGGAACUCGCAGGCCCAGAGGGAGACCACCGGGCUCCAAGAACAAGCCCAAACCACCCAUCUUUGUCACCAGGGACAGCCCAAACUCCCUCAGAAGCCAUGUCAUGGAGGUUGCCGGUGGCGCAGACGUCGCCGAAAGCGUCGCCCAGUUCGCUCGCCGCCGCCAGCGUGGGGUGUGUGUUCUCAGUGGGAGCGGUUCUGUUGCCAACGUCACUCUCCGGCAACCGGCAGCGCCGGGAGCGGUUGUGGCACUGCAUGGAAGGUUUGAGAUUUUAUCCCUAACCGGAGCGUUUCUGCCUGGCCCUGCUCCGCCAGGUGCCACCGGACUUACUGUGUAUCUGGCCGGAGGACAGGGCCAGGUUGUAGGAGGAAGCGUUGUUGGUCCUCUUGUGGCAGCUGGACCAGUGAUGAUUAUAGCUGCCACUUUUGCUAAUGCUACAUAUGAGAGGUUGCCACUUGAAGAGGAGGAUGAAGACGGUGGCGGUGGUGGCAGUGUCCAAGGAGGAAGUACUCUGGGAGGGUCUCCUCCUGGAAUCGGUAGCAGUGGCGGUGGUGGUGGUGACGGUGUGAGUGGUGGGAGCCACUUGCCCGGUGGGAUUCCCGAUCCUUCUUCUUUGCCUUUGUAUAACCUUCCACCAAAUCUUCUAUCCAAUGGAGGAGGCCCAGUGGGGCAUGAGGCUUAUGCUUGGGCACAUGGCCAUGGAAGAACACCUUUCUGAGCUCAUAAUCAAAGGCUUUAGAUUGCAGUGAGGAGUUUCACAACUCUAAUGUUGUGAUCACAUGAUGCUGGAUAUGGCUGGUUCAAGAUCUAAUGAUGUUGUGUUCUAGUUUGAGAGAUUAGGAAUUGAGGAAAAGAAUUGCAAAGAUUUAGAAAACUGGAGUAGUUGUGAAGAACAGUGGGAGAUGAAGAACGGAAGACUGUUUUACUUAGCUCAGUGUAUAUGUAUAUUGGAGUAAGAACUUUGAUUUCUGUGUUUUUUUCUUUCCUUUUGCUUUAUGUGUUUGGAAUAAUGAUGAUGGCGUAUUUUUAAUGGAUAAA